AAAGUGAGUGAAAAUCGAAUCGAUUUUUUUCAGUAUUUGGUUAAUUUUUUCAACCUGUAUUUACUACAAAUCGCAAAAUAGAUAUACGCAUUCUGUAAUAAAAUUUUAUGUUUGUACAAAGUGAAUUUAAUAAUAAAUUCAUAGGCGCACAGUGCAGGGCAUAAAAAGUAAAGUGAAGCAUUGCAAUAAGCAAACAGUAGCUGAUGAAUUAUUAGUAAAUAUCAUAUCCAAUACUUUUCGUGUAGUGCCACAAUUGAGCCGUAAUCAAAAAUCUGGGGAAUGAUAGACAUUCUGAAAUUAAACUAACAAUGGCGACUAGUGCAAAUAUAAUAACUCCAGCUUGAUAGCUUCGUCUCAAUUUACAAUUGUGACGGGGGUGCAACGUGAACCCUAACGGUGUAGGUCGUGGAGGUUGUUAUUAGAGUUGGCUAAUCGAUUAGAGAAUCGAAAUGUUCUCUUCUCAGCAUGCCUGUAGCAGCAGCUGCGAUGAUGAUGGAUACGAUUUUACCAAAAGCGAAAAUGCAGGGCGCUGGAAAGGAUUAUUUAUACCGUCCCUGAGGAAGGUGCUAGAACAAGUGCACCCACGCUUAUCGGCCAAAGAAGAUGCACUACUGUUUGUGGAAACACUUUGCUUACGCAUUUUAGCGAUGUUAUGCGCUAAACCACUGCCCCAUACCGUACAGGAUGUGGAAGAGAAGGCGAAGAAAUCAUUUCCAUAUCCAAUCGACCAAUGGGCUUUAAACGAAGCCAGGGAAACUGUUUCCUCAAAAAAGAAAAAAUGCGUGCUGCCAACGGACAGAGUACAUAGCAUGCUUCAAAAGGAUGUACUUCAAUAUAAAAUUGACAGCAAUGUCUCUGUGUUCCUGGUUGCGAUAUUGGAGUAUAUAUCUGCAGAUAUACUAAAUUUGGCUGGCAAUUAUGUUCGCAAAAUAAAACAUUUGGAAAUAACGAAAGAAGAUAUUGAAGUAGCAAUGUGCGCUGACAAAGUGUUAAUGGAUAUGUUUUAUCAAAAUGAUAUGAAAUCUAGCAAUUUGGCAAUCACGCUUCCAACCCUACCAGCGCAACGCGCCAGUACCACAUAUGAGGAAGUUGUAAAGGAUCUCAUUAACGAUGAAAAACAGUAUCAACGUGAUUUACAUAUGAUAAUACGUGUUUUCCGCGAAGAGCUAGCUAAAAUUGUACGCGAUCCAAGAGAGUUGGAGCCUAUAUUCUCCAAUAUAAUGGAUAUUUACGAAGUAACAGUUACCUUGCUCGGUUCGCUAGAAGAUGUUAUAGAGAUGUCACAAGAACAAAGUACGCCCUGUGUGGGCAGUUGUUUUGAAGAAUUGGCAGAAGGUGAAGAAUUGCAUGUAUAUUCGAAAUAUGCCAAUGAAGUGACUUCACAAAAAUCUAAAGAUGCGCUUCAAAAUUUGCUAGCUAAACCGGAUGCAAUGUCCUUAAUGUCUGCUGGACAUGGAUUCCGUGAUGCUGUUAAGUAUUAUCUUCCUAAAUUGCUUUUGGUGCCAGUAUCGCAUGCUUUUGUUUACUUCGAUUACAUAAACGUAUUGAGGGAGCUUAGUCGUUCUGAAGAUGAUAUUGAGAGUUUUAAACAAGUGCAAGGCUUACUGUGCCCAUUGCAAAGUGAGCUUGAGAGCAUAUUGGGAAGUCUACCCAAAGAGACGCAUGUGCCAUUGAGUAGCCGCGCUCGUCGCCAAUUGGCAAUUGAACGCACGCGUGAACUACAGAAUACCGUCGAACAUUGGGAUAAAGAUGUUGGACAAAAUUGCAAUGAAUUCAUAAGAGAUGAUUUCCUUGGUAAACUGGGUUCCGGAAAGCGUAUUGCCGAACGCAAAGUUUAUCUAUUUGAUGGACUUAUGGUCCUCUGUAAGGCGAAUACAAAGCGGCAAGCGACAUCAAAUGGCGCACCGUGUUUUGAAUAUCGCGUAAAGGAAAAAUUUUUUAUGCGCCGCGUUGAAAUCAGUGAUCGAACAGAUACAGACGAAUUGAAGCAUUCAUUUGAAAUAGCGCCUCGCGUACAACCUCCAAUUAUACUCACUGCUCGUAAUGCUCAACACAAAAACGACUGGAUGGCUGAUUUAAUAAUGGUUAAUACCAAAUCCAUGUUAGAUCGCAUACUUGAUAGUAUAUUGUUGGAUAUUGAAAAGAAACAUCCAUUGCGUAUGCCUAGUCCGGAUAUAUAUAAGUUUGCUGAGCCUGAUAGCCCGGAUAAUAUCGUAUUGGAAGAGCGUGAAAGUGCUAGUGUGCCACAAAUAAAGGGCGCCACACUAGACAAAUUAAUCGAAAGAUUAACCUAUCACAUUUAUGCCGAUCCGAUGUUCGUGCGCACAUUCCUGACUACAUAUCGCUACUUUUGCACUCCUCGUAAUCUGUUAUCGUUGUUGAUAGAAAGAUUUCAUAUACCUGACCCGAGUUUGGUUUAUCAGGACAAUGUACAGGGUGUUGAUAAGGAUGCAUUGAAUUGUGAUACAGACAAGUUGCAUAAAAAUUCGCAACGGGAAGACUGGAAACGUUAUCGCAAAGAAUAUGUUCAACCGGUGCAGUUUCGUGUGCUGAAUGUGCUGCGGCAUUGGGUGGAUCAUCAUUUUUAUGACUUUGAGAAAGAUCCAACGCUUUUGGAUGAGUUGGAAAAAUUUUUGGGUCUUGUAAAUGGCAAGUCAAUGCGAAAAUGGGUGGAUUCGGUUUUGAAAAUCGUUCAACGAAAGAAUGACCAAGAACAGAGUCACAAACCGAUUACAUUCGCUUAUGGACAUAGCCCGCCACCUAUUGAACAUCAUCUUAAUGUUCCUGAUUCUGAAAUUAACUUGUUAACGCUUCAUCCUUUAGAGUUAGCGCGACAAUUGACCCUACUUGAAUUUGAACUAUACAAAAAUGUGAAACCAUCGGAACUUGUUGGCUCGCCAUGGACAAAAAAGGACAAGGACGUGAAAAGUCCAAACUUACUCAAGAUUAUGAAGCACACCACCAAUGUAACACGAUGGAUUGAAAAGUCAAUAACAGAAGCGGAAAAUUAUGAAGAGCGAGUUGCAAUAGUGGCGCGAGCCAUUGAAGUUAUGAUGGUAAUGCUUGAAUUGAAUAAUUUCAAUGGAAUUCUAUCUAUCAGUGCUGCUAUGGGGAGCGCUUCUGUGUACCGAUUAAAGUUAACAUUUCAAGGUUUACCAGCACGAUAUGAGAAAUUCCUAGAAGAAUGUUGGGAACCCAACGAUGGACGCUUGAAAAAGUAUCAGGAACGUUUACGCUCAAUAAAUCCGCCAUGUGUGCCAUUUUUCGGUCGAUAUCUCACUAAUAUUUUACAUUUAGAAGAAGGCAAUCCUGACUUUUUGCCCAACACAGAGCUUAUAAAUUUCUCCAAACGGCGAAAAGUGUCGGAAAUAAUUGGAGAAAUUUUACUUUAUCAAAAUCAACCCUACUGUCUGUCGGUGGAUUCAAAAAUAAGAAAUUUCUUGGAAAAUUUGGAUCCAUUCAAAGGCAUGACUGACACGGAGAUAUCAAAUUAUUUGUAUCAUGCAAGUCUUCGCAUAGAACCCAGGGGCUGCAAGCAAGCACCUAAAUUUCCGCGCAAAUGGGCAUCAAUUACUCUGAAAUCUCCGGGCAUAAAGCCGCGACGCCAAAACAACACUAGCAACAGCAAUAGUGUAAGCACUGGUAGCGUUAGCGGCAAUUCCUUAUUACAAGCGUCAUCAAUUUUUGGUACACGUGGAACGACUCACAGCAGCAGCAAUGCAGUAGAGUCAACCAUUCAAGCAGUUAGUGGAAGCGGUAGCGCGGCGAUCAUUGGUGGAGGCACACUAGGUGAUCAGCAUAGCCCUAUCAGUUAUAUUUCACAUACGAGUACAAGUGCUCAGACGACGACCGCAGCAAAUACUAUUGGUGUGAAUCUACCUGAACGCAAUGGAGAAGCACAAAUGUGGGCUCAUAAUGCCCCAGGUGGUGGGGGCGCACAUGCUGGCCAUGGUACAGAAUCUGCGCAUAAAACGGAAUUUCAAUAUUCUAAUGGAGAGGAUGGGGGCGGACACUCAGCGGCACCUCAGCUACCCAAAAAAUCAAUCUCAUCGUCGGCUGGACCGAAUGCGUGGAGUGGUGGUGAAAGUGUUUUAACUGGGGUUGGUGCAUGUGCUAGCAGCGCAGAAAAGAUGUCAUACACACCAAUUGAUACGCCGCCAACGCGUUUGGAAAAUAUUUGGCAUAUGUCGGAUGAAAUAUAUGGAGCACAUCAUUCGCCACAUCAGCACCAGCAAAAACACAAUAGGUCGAAUAGCAACAGCAGCAAUGCGGCCGCAGCGGUAUCGGAAAAAAUAGGUGGAGAGCCUCCGUUGACAUCACCGUUGCCACGUGUGGUGAUAAGUCCACGAACCGAUGUGGGUUCCACGAGUACACGCACACCAUUCCAGAAUGCGCCAUCACAUCCGCACAAAUUCAGCACAAACCAUUUUAGUCCAACUAACGCUGGAACUCCUGGAAGCGCAGCCCAUGUGAGCAAUGCAAGUCCUCAAUUGCCUGACAUUGAAUCAGGCAAUUCUCCACUACCCGUAUCUCCUCAUGUGAACGUCCCAUCCCCGCUUAGCACUGAAUAUCGUUCCGUGCCACCACCGUUGCCGCCUCGUAGAAAGGAGCGUACUGAAAGCUGUGCCGAUUUAGCACAGAAAAGGCAAGCUCCAGAUGCACCGACUCUACCACCACGUGAUGGUGAACUCAGCCCACCACCAAUUCCGCCUAGGCUUCAUCAGUCCAUCGGCACAUAUCCUCGUAGCUACACAAACGAAUUUAAUGGCAGGAGUAACUUAUUGCUCCCAAAUACAAGCAGUAUUAUGAUUCGACGUAAUUUGGCCAUAGAAAAACGUUCAUCAUCGUCAUCGUCAUCUGCAAGUGCCAGUGGCAGCGGAGUCGCAUCUUCGUCGAUAUCAACAGCAGCAGCAGCAUCGGCUGCAAUGUCGCUACACUCAGCAACGGCUACUGAUGGCUCAUCAUUAGCUUCGUCUUCAGUAACGACGAAUUCUUCUCAAUGCCCGCCAUCUUAUCCCCCGUUUCCGCCGCCUACAAUCGCUGCAAGUCACUUUAAUGCUGGUACUUCAAUAUCGGUGUCAACUUGGGAUGAUCAAGCCAUAUCGCCUGCACUUAGCUCCUCUACAACGACAUCUCCAAUGACGCCAAUGACUCCGAUUUCCCCACACAUUCCAACCGGCGGAGUUCAAGUAUCUGAUUUGCACGGCACAAUUGCACCGCCUUAUCAUCAUCGAUAUAAAUCGGCUGCAAUAGCACAAACAUCAGGACUACCUAGUUCCAUCAACUCUUAUACAACAGCGAUGACGCAGCAACAACAGCAUGAGCAACGCUUUCCCCCACCAUCAUUAGUUAGUAGUAGUGCGCUAACAGCAAAAUCGUCUCCAAAAGAAUUCUUUCCCAUAACCGAAGGCACUCCCAAACUUCCACCAAAACCUAGUCUAAGUGGAAAUUUUUACAACUCCUCAGAUAAAGGUACGAUGUUUCCUUACCCAAGUACAAAUCAAGAUUAAUAUUUAUUGCCUGGCGAUGUGAUACGGACGAAGAUUUUUAUCCACUCAGCAAAAUACGUUAUUAUUAAUGUAAAUAAUUAACUGUAUUAAAUGUAGAAGAUAAAAAUAAAAUAUUAUAGAUUAUUGUUAGAAU